AUGAAGCUCAGGGAACCAACGAUACUUCCAUGUCUCAAGACCCUGCAAGUUCAAUAUCAUUCUGACUUUCAUCAACACGCCCUUACCCUCGAUUUGUCCGUUGAAUUCCUCUUAAAAUGUAAAUCACACGGCAUUACCCCCAUGUUCAUCCGAUAUAUGAUGGCACGAUUUCGUCGUUUCCACCAGAACUCUGUUCGAAAUGCAGUAAGGCAUCUUGAAAGAUGCCUCCUAGAUGCUGCUAUAGCAGAGCAACGACGUACAAGGAGUCACUGUAUUCGAAAUAUCGUACGUCUGAAGACAAUAAUAAGGCAACGAGUGAACGUGGAGUGCUGGCGGAGAUUAAUCAGCUAUCACAGAACAACUUGUGAUCGGCUCAGACGAGCAACACAGCAGAAGCUAGAUCAAAAAUUCAACCGACUUGUCCAUUCAACAACUCCUUCCUUCAUAAUUCCCAAUUCCGUUCCACCUGAUCGAUGUACUAUCAUUGACAGCGAUUUUGUGGAUGACGAUGUCAAGGCGUUGUUGAACCUUGGACCGAAUUUUUGCCCAAGACCAAAAUUCUCAGAGACGGUAAAGAAGGACAUCAUUACUGCCCCAAUGCUGGAAGGAUCAAAUUCGGACCCACGGUACCGACUCUUCAAGAAACUCUUACGAAGAGAAAUGCCUUUUCCUCGGAACCAUAUUAGCACACCACAACAUAAUCCACAAUUCAAUUCAAGAGUAGUCGCACUUAAACAAGAUCUUCUUCGAAUAUACAACGAACAUCGGAGACGACAAGUUCCAGAUAAUAUGACGAGUAUGGAACGAGCAGGUCUCAGGAAAGCCAUUGAUUUGAAGCGUUCACUGCGAUUCUCAGUCGGAGAUAAAUGCGGUGGUUUCGUUGUGAUGUCGCAAGAAAGGGACAUAUCUCUAUGCGAAGCUGUACUGUCGGAUACCACGACUUACUCGACGGUUACUGCUGACCAUUACAAAAGAGAAUGCAAGAAACUUGAAGAG